AUGGUGGUAGCUUCUCUCGAACGGGAUAACAAUGGAAGCUCUCGAUUUCGCGGAUGCACUGGCAUCCGGGAGUAUGAGUUCCUUGGUAAACUUGGUGAAGGCACGUUUGGUGAAGUCUACAAGGCGCGAUCGAAAAGAGAUGGCUCAACCGUCGCUCUAAAGAAGAUCCUCAUGCAUAAUGAGAAGGAUGGGUUCCCUAUUACUGCACUUCGUGAAAUCAAACUCUUGAAAAUGCUAUCCCACAGUAAUAUCCUCCAGCUAAGAGAAAUGGCUGUGGAACGAAGCAAAGGGGAAGGCCGAAAGAAACCGAGCAUGUACAUGGUCACUCCCUAUAUGGAACAUGACCUGUCGGGGCUCUUAGAAAACCCAGCCGUGCAAUUUAGUGAGCCUCAAAUUAAAUGCUACAUGCUGCAGCUCCUUGAGGGACUCAAGUAUCUGCACGGGGUAAUACCAUUUCCUAAAACUGUUCCAGGAUCUGUUUCUAACUUGACGCAGAAUCGAAUAUUACACCGUGAUAUGAAAGCGGCCAACCUACUUAUCAGUAACAGAGGUAUUCUUCAGAUUGCCGAUUUCGGGCUAGCUCGACCGUACGAUGAACCUCCUCCUCAGCCUGGAAAAGGUGGAGGGGAGGCUAAAAGAGACUAUACCACGUUGGUUGUGACACGAUGGUACCGCCCUCCAGAACUCCUCCUUCAACUACGACGCUAUACAACUGCAAUCGAUAUGUGGGGCGUUGGGUGCGUUUUCGGCGAAAUGUUCAAGGGCAAGCCAAUCCUUGCCGGCACUAGUGAUCUUAACCAAGCCCAGCUUAUAUUUAACCUUGUGGGCACACCUUCCGAAGAGAAUAUGCCUGGCUGGAGCUCGCUCCCUGGCUGCGAAGGUCGGUUUGGUGGACGGCCAGACAGCAAUGUGGAUUCUUAUGUUCCGACUUAUAAUGGCGUAGGGGAACAGCCUCGAGAUGCAUAUGUAAACAACAGGCGCGAUUAUUCAAGGGAGAAUCCUUCAAGGAGGCGCAGUCGAAGCCCAAGCUUUAGGGAAGGAUCUCGGCCUGCAGACAGGGAUUUAUAUCGAAGGUAG